UCUUCUCCUCUCUCAGAAUUAUCCAAAUCGCCGUCCCUCUCUCCGCGCAACUCCCCGCGGGACUCCAUGUCUCGAUAUCUCUCACCCCCCUCGACCGCCCCGUCUGGGAGCUCCUCGCCUAUGAAGUCGGCCGAUGCGGCGGAUUCGAUUUGUGUCAAUCCAGACGGCACACCCCCGGCCAAGCGCCGCAGAGUCGAGCGGAAACCCCGAACAACAGAACAUUUGAGCCUGCGCGCCGCGUCGGAACAGAGCGAGAAAGACGAGAAGCUCCUGGAUCGACUCACUUCCACGUUGCGGAAAAAGAAGAAGAUCGUUAUCGUCGCCGGUGCCGGCAUCUCAGUGUCCGCUGGAAUUCCCGACUUCCGAUCUGAGGACGGUCUCUUCAAGACAUUACGAACCGGCCACAAGCUGAAGGCUUCCGGCAAGCAGCUCUUCGAUGCAUCUGUUUACAAGCAUGACGCGUCGACCGAAUCCUUCCAUAACAUGGUCCGUGAACUGUCCCACCAGACCAAGAAUGCGAAGCCUACGCCAUUUCACCACAUGAUCGCGUCGAUCGCUGAAGAGGGCCGUCUGAUGCGACUCUAUUCUCAAAACGUGGACGGCAUCGACUCGUCUAUGGCGCCUCUGUCUACAAAAAUUCCCCUUAACAAGAAGGGACCCUGGCCCAAGACUAUUCAGCUGCAUGGUAGCUUGGAGAAGAUGGUAUGCUCGAAAUGCGGCGACAUCAGUAAUUUCGACGCAUCCCUUUUCGACGGUCCGGAAGCGCCUUUGUGUAAAGGGUGCGAAGAGACGGAACAUGUGCGCAUAUCCCAUGCAGGCAAGCGCAGUCAUGGCAUUGGCAGGUUACGACCGCGAAUGGUACUCUACAAUGAAUACAACCCGGAUGAGGAUGCCAUAGUGAACGUUGUCAAAGCCGAUAUGCGUUCCCGACCAGACGCUCUCAUUGUCGUCGGUACCAGUAUGAAGAUCCCUGGUGUGCGCCAGAUUGUCAAGGAUAUGAGCAAAAUUGUCCGAGCGAGACGAGACGGAAUCGUUGCCUGGAUCAAUCUGGACGGCGAACCCAAUGGUGUGGAUUUGAAGGAUUGCUGGGAUUUGGUCGUGCGAGGCAAGUGUGACGAUAUUGCUACACUAGUCGGUCUUCCACAUUUCGACGAGAGCCCCGCACUCGAUGACGACAUCAAGGUGGAUGACUUGAAGUUCAAGGAACUGAAGGAGAACAUGCGCAGUACGGAACUAGAGGUUAGAAUCCCAAGCUCCCCAGGAUUGCCCGUGGUAUCGCCCGCCAGAGGAUCGCGUGAUUCGACGCCCACCGAGGCGAAGUCCAAGUCCAUCGAGAAGGUGCAGGGAAUUCCUACGCCGACUACCAGUCCCAAGAUGCGCACUGCUCUGCCGACCAAACCUCAGCAAAAGACGAAACAAAGCCAAUUGGUCUUUCCGGGCAAGUCUACCAAGGCUGCUGAAAAAGCUGUCAAGAAACGGGCUCCGCGAAAACCGCGCCAGUCUAAA